AUCACCAGCAUGACUUUAACGACAAGAUAUUCUGCCGAGUUCCUAAAUGGAGAAUUCCCGGGUGAGGCCAAUUCAGGGAACCCAGGUUAUCAGGUGGGAAGACCCGUCAUUGCUGGAGUUGUGGACUUGCUGGAAAACACUACAGGCUCAAUCCAAAGAAUGUCAAUCAGUCUUUGGAAACCAGUAAGCGAUGGACUGUGUUCCACUGCGGAGAAGAAACCGGUUCUGUUUGGGGAGAAUUCCACAUCUGGAUGUUUGCUACCUGUGAGCCAGCAGAAUCUGACUGAGUGUGAUCUCCUGAGAGAGACUGUUUCUUCUCUCCAGGCAGCUUUGGUCUCAGCCACAUAUGUAGCCAGGAGUGGAAACCCCGAUCCUCUCCUGUUGACAGACUGGCUGAAUAUAAGCUUUGUGACAGUGAACUCGAGCACGACAAUGGAAGACAGCCCGGGUUCGUGCAACGGGAUUCCCUCCCACCAGCACGUACAAGUUUGGAGUCUUAUCACAGGCAUGGUAGACGGCACACCACAAAGAGAUAUCCUUGAUUUGCAAGUCAGCUUAAGCCUAUCGUCCUGGACACUGGAUUGCGGAGGAGGGGAUAUCUCUCCAUGUGUGGACCCUUUGAAGACGCAGUUGUUCCCCAUCACCUCCUCAGUCACCUUUAUAGACAUCCCCAUCAACACAGGACCCCCAAAAACCAGGUUUCAGAUUAACUUCACAGAGUACGACUGUAACAGGAAUGACGUGUGUUGGCCCGAGCUCGCCUUCCCCAUCACCAAGUAUUACACAGGUGAGCCGUAUUCCCAGUCACUGGCGAAGGGCCUUAUCUUGGUUUUCUUCUUUAUCACGGCCUCGAUUCUUGGGACGCCAUGGAGACAACUUCGGCAAGCGUGGAGCUGAUCCCCUCUCUAAGCCUCUCUAAACCUUAAUGAUGUUUGUUAUUUAUUUGUGGGAAUGUAAAUACUGAAGUGAAGCAUUUUGUAAUAAAGAUACUUUUUUAUGACUUUA